CUAUAUACCACCUUAUGUUGGGCUGCUGCCGUCUCUCUGCGACUCUACCGAGAACUAAAACCAUGGAUCACAUUAGCACUGCUCUACGCACGUUCUCUUCUCCUCUUUCUUUGUCGCGACUAUCUGCUCUUCUCAUCCGUGCCACCCUCACCUGCGUCUUCGCCACAGUGGGAGUGCUCUUGGGAGCCCUGGCCGGCGCCUUGAUCGGCGUAGCGACCGCGAGCGGCGUGGUACGUGGAAGCAUCAGUGGAGCCAUCUCCGGAGCGCUUUCGUCGGUGGAGGUCGUGGAAGACUCUCUUGCUAUAUGGCGAAACAACGGGUCCGGACAAUGGAGCAUCUUGUACUUGCUGUGUGCUCUGAGCGCGCCCUUCUUGGAGGUUCUUGACGACAUCUUCGAGGCUGGCGGCGGUGGCACGAAAGGCAUGCCCAAGGCUUCCGUCGACAAGCUCCCCAAGAUCAACAUCCAUGUGGAGGACUGUGUGGAUGCAAGGAGCGAAAGCAUCAGCUGUGCAGUCUGUCUUCAGGAGUUUCAAGCAGGUGAGGCAGCAAGGACUUUGCCUCAGUGUCAGCACAUAUUCCACUUGCCUUGCAUUGAUAGCUGGCUCAUAAGGCAUGGUUCCUGUCCAUUAUGCAGGCAUAAUUUCUCAGAAGCAUACUUGGUACAGUAGGCAAUGUCUCUAUGUAUAAAAUCUUGAAUACAAGGUUGUUCUCCACAUUGGCUUUCUUCAAGCCAUGCUCAUGUUGCAGUGUUUCAGCAAUAGAACAUGUAUGAAUGAUCCGUACAAAACUGACCUUCUGCUGUGCUGCAGAAAGUGAAGCAUUCAAGAGGCAGAGAAACAGUUGUCUCAUUUCAUGCCUUAAAGAGUCUGAGUCUGCUAUGCUAUAGUUUUGCUC